AUGCCACCAGCACACAAAAACCAGGCCUUGAGGCCAGAGAACGUGCUCAAAAGAGCCGAAGACCUUAUUGGUGUCGGUCAGAAGGAUGCAGCCCUCGAGGUUCUUUACGAGAUGAUCACCUCCAAGAGAACUAGAUACUUGCCAGUGGAGGACUUGGAGCCCAUUGGACUUUUGCUUAUCGAGUUGGCUGUUCACUUCAGAAAGGGCAAGGUUGCCAAGGAUGCCUUGCACCAGUACAAGAAGAACGUGCAGAUGCUGGAGAACGGUUUGGAAUCUGUUCAAGUCAUUGUGAGAAAGUUCAUUGAAUUGGCUGAGGGUAAGUUGAACGAAGCCCAGGCCAAGGCAGACAUCAAGAUGGACCAGGAGGACGACGAUGAUUUGGAAACCUCGCAAACCCCAGAGUCCAUUUUGUUGUCAGCUGUGCUGAACACCGAUUCUGCUGAUAGAACCGAGAGAGAGUUGGUGACCCCAUGGUUGAGAUUCUUGUGGGAGGCUUACCGUGCCGUUUUGGACAUCUUGAGAAACAACUCCAAAUUGGAGGUGACCUACUCUGCUAUCGUGAACCAGGCGUUCCAGUUCUGCUUGCGUUUCAACAGAAAGGCUGAGUUCAGAAGACUCUGUGAGUUGUUGAGAGCCCACAUGCAAUGGGUGACUACCAAUGCUCCAGGCAAGACUACCGGUACCAACGUGAACGCUGUGGAUUUGUCUGACUCUGAGACCGUUCAGCGUUACUUGGAGCAGCGUUUCUCCCAGUUGAACAUUUCCGUCAAAUUGGAGUUGUGGCAGGAGUCUUUCAGAUCCGUUGACGAUGUUCACACUUUGAUCACCGCUUCUAAGAAGACCCCAAAGCCAGUGAUGAUGGCUAACUACUACGAAAACUUGGCCAGAAUCUUCGCCGUUUCUGACAACACUUUGUUCCACGCCGCUGCAUGGAACAAGUUUUUCAACUUGUUCUCGCAGUCUCCUAAUGCUACUGACAAAGAGUUGAGCUACUAUGCUUCUGUCCUUGUGUUGUCGACCUUGUCGAUUCCAACUAAGUCGUUGAACAUCAACGAGACCGUUGUUGACGACCAGAAGGCCAAGCACGCAAAAUUGACUUCUUUGUUGAACUUGAGUCAGGUGCCCACCAGAGACAGCUUGAUCUCUGCCAUCGAGAACAAAAACAUCUUGAAAUUCGUCGACCCUGCUGUCAAGGACUUGUUUGAGAUCAUGAGUGACACCGAGUUCCACCCAUUGACCGCUAAGGACAAGGUUGCUGGCGUUUUCCAGAUCAUCAAGGACGACAAGGCAUACAGCAAGUACAUCCCCACUUUGACUGAGGUGGUGGCCAUUCGUUCGUUCCAGCAGGUUUCUCAGAUCUACGAGGCUGUCAAGUUGGACUUUUUGGUUUCUUUGGGUAUCAUCGAGGGUACCGACUACACCUUGUCUGAGUUGGAAGUUGAAGACAUGAUUGUUAACGCCGUGAAGAAGGGCCACUUGUUCUUGACCAUUGACCACGAGUCUCAGGUCGUGACCUUCGAGUCCAACCCAUUCGAGGACUCUUACACCGACUCCCUUUCGUCCAAAUUGCAAGCCACCCCAGCCGAGUUGGUCAGAACUCAAUUGUCCAAGUUGGCAUCCGUGUUGGCCCAGUCUCGUGACGUUAUUGACCCACACUACGAGGCCCGCCAGGAACAGAGACGUGAAGUUGCAUUGAAGAACGCCAUUUCCGACUUUGUCAGAGAGCAGGAGCUGAUUGCCGACAGAGUGAAGGUGUUGGAGGAGCGCAAGAAGAUUGCCGAGAAGCAAAGACGUGAGGACGAAGAGAGAGCCGCCAAGGCCAGACAGGAGAAGUUGAUUGCCGACCAGAAGGCCGAACAGGAAAGAUUGGCCCAGGAGCAGGAGAGAAAGAACUUGGAGCGCUUGGAAAGAGAGAAGAAGGCUAUUGCCGACAGCAACAAGAGAAAGAUUGCCGAGGAGAUCAACGCCAAGGGUAUCAUCAAGAUCGACUUGGACAACUUGGAGAACUUGGACACGGACAAGUUGCGUGCCAUGCAGAUCGAGCAGUUGAACAAGGACAGAAAGAACUUGGAGGAGAAGAUGAAGGUCGUGUUCAAGAAGGCGGACCAUCUCGAGAGAGCCUACAGAAAGCACGAGUUGAAGUUCUUGGCCGAGGAGGCUGCCACACAGAAGGAGAGAGACAUCAAGGCUCACGAGGAGCUCACUCGCAGCAGAAUCGAAAAGGCCCGCAAGGAGCACGAGAACGCCAAGGCAUUGAAGGAGCGUUUGAACCGUGUGGUUCCCGACUACUCUACUUUCAAGAAGCAGAUCGACGAGCAAAACGCUGCCAAGUUGGCUGAGUUGAGAGAGGAGGCCAAGGCCGCUUUCGAGCAGGCCAAGCGCGAGCGUAUUGAGAACGUCAAGCAGCAGAGAAUCGAGGAGUUGAGACUCAGAAGAGAACAAGAGCAUCAUGCCGCCGAGGAGGCCGCUCGUAAGCAGGCCAGAGAGGCCGAGAUGGAGAAGUUCCGUGAGGAAAUGAGAAUUCAGAAGGAAAAGGAUGCCGAGUUGGCCCAAAAGAGAGCCGCCAUGGAGGCCGAGAUGGCCCAACAGGCUCCUUCCGCUGCUCCAAAGACCUAUGCUCCACCUCGCCAGGCCGCUGGUCAGCAAGCUUACACCCCACCUCUGCGCCAGGCAAACUACACACCUCCAGUUCGCCAAGCUUCUCCUGCUGCUCCACCUCCAGCAGAGGCUCCUGCUGCCGACAAGCCAUUGACGUUUGCCCAGAGAAUGAAGUUGAAGAGAGAGGGCAAGCUUGCCUGA